AUGCAGUUAUCCGCUUACGAUCAUCUAACCUCAGAAAACAUUAUCUUUAAUGAAGCCAAAGAGUACAAAGUGAAAGAUAGCAAAAUCAAAUACAAACGUAUCCCAAUUGAAGUCAAAUAUCCAAAUGGAAAGAAAGGAGCUUUGGUAGUCGAAACUCCACUUCUUUUCAGCUUUGGAGUAAAUGAGAAGAAAAACCAAGUUAGUAGGUUAUAGUAUGCCUGUAUGUCUUUGAGCUAAAGGUAGUGAGCCGAAUACUAAAGAAAAAGCAUUUUUUGACGUUAUUGACAAUGUGACAGUUAUCUCUCGGCAACAUCUAGAGAAUGAAUACGGUGUAGAUCUAGCAUCAACUCUAUCUUCACCAUUUUAUUACAAACAAGAAGAAUAUAUAGAUAAGAAAGGAAAGAAGAAAACAAGAAUAGAUCCCUCUUCCGCACCAGUUCUUUACGCAAAACUUAUUUACUCUGAGAAAUCAAAGAAAAUUCUUUCACUAUUUAAAACAAAGGGGAAAAAAGAUUUAAAUCCUUUUAAAUAUAUUGAUCAGUAUUGUAAUGUUAAAAUGGCUUUGAUUAUUGAAGGAAUAUUUAUUAGUAAGGCUGUAACAUCUUUACAAAUAAAAGUACAUCAGUGCUUUGUCAAACCAUUAAAACCUAGGGAGUCUUUACUAACAAUUGAAGAGGAAGAGGAAGAUGAAGAGGAAGAGGUUACUGAGCAAGUAGUUGAAGACUUAGUUAUUUCUGAUAAAGAAGAAACUGAUUAA